CUUUCUUAAUUCUGAAUGAACUUAUUACUAUUAUAUACAUUAUUUAUUAAAUAUGCUGUUAUUCACAUUAUGAAGGAAGAGUUUCUCGCUUCAGUACUCAAAGUGAUUCUUGAUACUGCAGUUCCUGCUGAUAGUAGCAGUCUUCUUCUUUUAUUUAUUCAUGUUCCUGAUCUUUCAACUAAUCGAGAUCCCUGAAGAACAGUACUUGGAGAGGGGCUACCAAUGGGGCCCUCAAGAGAUUUUUGGCUACAAAUCUUUUAAUGAAGACAGCGAUGAAUGGUUUCGAUUUUGUCACGAUAGACCAAUUAAAAGAAGCAUAAUUGCUCUUGCUCCUGAAGGAGAUCCGACUAUAGGAAUAGUGAAGAGGAUCGUUCAACAAGAAGUCAAGAAAUUUAAUCUUACUGUGAAUACAUACGAAAACAGAGAGGUACUCUGGGAUUUGCUCAAGGAGCAAAAGGAAGGAAUCUGCUUUGGUGCAUUCUUACCUACUGCUGAUUAUCAGAGCAAUGAGUAUAAGCUACAUUUGAUAUUUAAUGAUAGAGAUUCUGUUGGUUCUUUCGACUCCAACAUUCCUGACCAAAGAGAUCCAGCGUAUAACCCCAACAAGAACAGCAUAGAUUUGGCGUCUUUUAACAAAUACAAAAAUGGAGGAUAUUCUUACAUGCAGAAUGUAUUUAGCAAUGCCAUAUUGAAGACAAUAUCCGGAGAAGAAAGCUCUAUCUCAAUGGCUAUAGUCCUUAUGAAAAGUGCAGCUAUGACGGAGAAUCUAUUCCUAGAAGGCUCUGGAGGUUUCUUUGCAUUCUGAGUUACCCUAGUUUUCCUCCCCUCAGCCUUCGCAUUGGUUUACUACACAGUUGAAGAGAAGAGGUCAAAGAUCAGAGAGCUUAUGAGUAUAAUGGGAAUGAAAGAUUCAAUCUACUGGAGCUCAUGGUUUUUGUAUUACUUCAUUGUGACAACGAUACAAUGAUUGUUUGUGACAAGUGUCCUAAUCACUGUUUUUACCCCUAUGACCCUCUUAUUUAUUUUCUUGUACUUAUGGCUCUUUGGAAUCUGGAUCUUUGGUUUCUCGGUCUUUAUUGGGUCAAUGUUUCCCUCUGGGAAAGCUGCAGCAUUUAGCGCAGUCACUUUGCUGUUUAUUAUCUCAAUGUCAACUAAAUACUACGAAACAGAACAAAUUACUGAAGUCCCAAAAAUUUUUGUUUCUUUAAUACCUCCUCUUGGAAUAAUAUUUGCCUCAAAUAAUAUUGUUACAUUGGAAUCAAAUGGAGUUGGUGUGCAAUUUUCCAACAUUGGAGAAACAAUUGAUGAUUACAAAUUAAUCACAUAUUAUUGGAUGACUCUCGUAUCUACAGUUUUAUUCACCUGAUUAGGUCUUUAUUUAGAGAAAAUUCUACCAACUUCUCCUGGAGUCAGGAAGUCGAUCUGCUUCCCAUUCAAGAAGUCAUACUGGUUUGGACACAGGAGAAGAGCUUUUAACAGGAGUCAACUGAAUAGCUCCACUCAGAGGUUGCUCAGCAGAGCUGAGCAUCAGCUGGAGUACCUACGAGAAUCUUAUUUUGAGCCUCCCACUGAAGAAGAGAUAAUGAAGAAAAACAAUGAUCAGUGCAUUCUGAUCGAGAAUUUAUUUAAAGAGUAUGGCAAUGACAAAGCAGUCCGGAAUUUAACAGCUGAGAUGUAUGAAGGCCAAAUAUUUGCUCUUCUUGGUCAUAACGGAGCAGGAAAAUCCACAAUUGUCAAUGUCUUAUCUGGUAUGGUCGCGUUUAGUCAAGGCAAUGGGUAUAUUUAUGGGCACGAUAUCCGAACAGAGAUGGGAAAUAUCCGCAAAAUUCUCAGUAUAUGUCCUCAAAAAUAGCAUUCUUUUCCCUGGAAUGACUCUGAUCGAUCACUUAUACAUCUUUGCAGAGCUGAAAGGGAAAAGCCGCUCUGAAGUUGGUUCAGAAAUCAAGGAACUACUCUAUGACUUAAGACUAGAGCCUUACAAGGAAAGAUACUGUCAAGAACUAUCUGAAGAGAUUCAACGUAAACUCUCUUUAGCAAUAUCUCUAGUAGGAGGAUCCAAAGUAGUCUUCCUUGACGAGCCUUCAAGCUGUAUGGAUCUUGGCUCUCGUAAAGAAAUGUGGGAAAUUUUACAUAAAUACAAGACUAACCGAAUAAUCAUCCUGAUUACUCAUUACAUGGAGGAAGCCGACUACCUCGGAGACAAGAUCGGUAUUAUGUCUCACGGUCAAAUGAUAUGAUCAGGAUCAGCUAGAUUCUUAAAAGGCAAGUUUGGAGAGGGGUAUAAUCUCCACUUUAUCAAAGAGCAGAGGGAUGUAAACCAACCUCUUGAAAAUUUCAUGAAAGAGCACUUUCCAUAUUCAAAGAAGGUCUCGGAGGUGAGCCAUGAGCUGGUUUAUCUCCUUCCUAAGAGAUUUGAAAGCAAUUUCCCUGAGUUUUUUCAGAAGCUCGAUGAGAAUCUUGAAACAUUGGGAGUAUCUUCAUAUGAAAUCUCAAUGACUACUCUUGAGGAAGUGUUCUUGAAAAUUGAAAAAGAGGCUGAGAGUUUACAAGAAAAUCAAGAAAUUCAUCAGGAGCUAAGUGACACUGAAUUAUAUCCAAAGGAGUAUAAUAUUAGAGAUCAGUCAACAAAAAAGAAAUGGGACACCUUCUUAUCUCACUUGGGUAUUUUAUUUUGUAAGAGACUCAAACUUACAAGUAGGAGUUUCUCUUCAAUUAUGCUGGAUAUCCUCUUACCUAUUCUGCUUGUGACUAUGGGAAUCAUGGCAUUCAACUCAAUGAAGUAUUUUGAUUCACCAGAAAGGAAGCUAGACCCUUCUUUAUUUCCCAAACCUCAGAGGAUAAUUUACAAUGACAGACUGAUCAACGGAAAUGGUAGUCCUGAUGAAAUUGUUAAACUAAUGCCAGGAUUUGGAGAGUUUAUCGCAUCUCAGCCAAUCAGGGCAUCUAUUACUGAUGAUAUUUCUACAUUAGAAAGCUUUGAUAACCAAAUAUAUCAAUUAAGGGUAGAAGAGCCAGUUGAGCCUUACAGAUAUGGAAGCUACUAUUUUCACACUCUUGACACAACAAAUAAUGUUUACAAGGUAGUUACUUUGGUGAACUCUACUAGUCAGGAUUCCUCUGUUGCCUUUACACACUUUAUGUACCAAGCUAUUCUGCGUAAGGCUUCUGGAGAUGAUAAUCUGAAGUUUACCGCCACUACCUCACCAAUGCCUAUAAAUAAGAGAUUCAAGGAGAAUUCAAAGAAGGAGAAAUCUCUGUAUAUAACCUCAACUUUGACACUUGGGAUAACUGUGAUUAUUAUAAACACUUUAAACUUCUUACUGAAGGAGAAAACAGAGAGGAUAUUCCAUUACCAAAGACUGAACGGGAUGAAUAAGGAUACAUACUGGGUAUCCAAUUUUAUCUUCGAUACAGCAAAGAUAUACACUGCUUUCGCACUGAUAUAUACCCUGUUUAAGGCCUUUAGCUUGCAAAUAGACUAUAUAGGAGUCUUACUGUUUCUAUCCCCUGUUCCUAUAGUGGCUUACUCCUACGUUGUGACUCUAGCAUUCAAGAAUCAAGUGACUGCAAAUAAUUUCAUCUUUAUUUUCAACUUUGUCGUUUGAGGAGUAUGACCCUUCAUUGCUAAUAAUUAUUCGAUUCAGGAGGAAGAUUGGGUUUAUAGAAUAGCAAUGACAUGGACAUUGAGAAUAUUUCCUUCCUAUUGUCUCAUUGACGGUGUGGACAAUCUACUUCUGAAGGAAUACAUUGGGUAUUACAAUAAUCUAGACAAAUCUCCCUCUGCGUUUUCGGCGAGAGUAGCUGGGCCAGAUCUUUUGUUUCUCCUCUUUCACUUCUUUUUCUGGAUAAUUUUACUGUACAUGAUUCAGAGGAAAUCUUGGAAAUGCAACUGUAAAAGGAACAACAAGAAGGUAAUCUUAAAGCCAAGGUAUAAAUCAAGAGAUGUGGAAAUAAUCAAUGAACAGAAUAGAGUCCAUAAGAUACCUUCAGAUUCCCUUGCAGUAAAAUUUGAUAAGUGCCAGGCAAUUAUUAAUCAGAAAGUUCUCCUAAAUGAAAUCUCUCUUGCUGUCGGUCAUGGUGAUUGUUAUUGUCUUCUAGGAAUAAAUGGGGCUGGCAAAUCGAUUACUCUUAAAAUGCUGGUUGGCCAAACCCCUAUCGCAUCAGGGAAGUGCUACGUUGAAGGGUAUAAUAUCAAGCAUGAAUUGAUGAAGGUAAGAAAUAAAAUUGGUUACUGCCCUCAAUCAAAUCCAAUCUUCGAAUCCUUCACGGUCUCAGAACACCUAGAAUAUUAUGCAAAGUUAAAAGGAAUCCCUAAAGAAUUCCUAAAGAAGUCGAUUAAAGACAUAAUGAGAGGUCUAAACUUGGACUUGUAUAAGCACAAAAGAGCAUGGAAAUUAUCAGAGGGAAACAAACGUAAACUUUCUGUAGCAAUUGCUUUAAUAGGAGGACCUCCGGUCCUCCUCCUGGAUGAACCCUCAUCAGGAAUGGACCCACAGUCUAAACGAUUAAUGUGGGAGAUUAUCACCCAGAUCAAUAACGGAGAUGAGAAAGCAUCUGUCAUUUUUACAACACAUUCUAUGGAAGAAGCUGAAACAUUAUCAACUAAUAUGGGAAUCUUGGUUGACGGCCAGAUCAAAUGCUUUGGCUCUAAGCAAGAUAUUAAGGAAAAGUUCAGGACAGAGUACCAAAUCGAGGUCAGAUACAACGAACUUACAGACAUUGAGGUAGAUGAGCUAAUAGAGAUUCAUAAAAUCAUGGACUAUCUUGAAAAAUACUGCUCUAAUCUGUACAAGACAGUCGAUGAUAAUCAGCGCUCACUACAGAUUACUGAUGAAGCUUGCAGAGGUAUAUUGGCAAAAAUCUUCGAGAAUGAUUUUGCAGAGCAAGAGUUUACAACAAAAGGACUUGGUCGAGAAAUCAGGUUCUUGCUGGAGGAUAACAAGUAUUACUCUCUUUAUUCAUUGAUCAGGUGGCAAGAUUAUAUGUUUAAAGUCAAAAAGAGCAUUGAUUACUUUGUUCAGAGGUUUGGAGAAACUUCUCUAGUAGAAGAGGUCCUUCCAAAAUGUAGAUUUAGGAUUCCCAGGAUGGGGAAGCCUAUCGGAUAUUUCUUUAAUUUGAUGGAACAAGAGAAAGAGAAUCUGGAAAUCUCAGAAUACUCUAUCUCACAAGCUAACCUAGAACAGAUCUUUAGCAUCUAUGCAGGAAAGAGAAGCGUCAAAUAUGUCGGCAAACGUUACAGAUCUAGCCAACUCGACAGAAAAUCUCCCAGUUUUCCCAAAGAAGAGUUCAAAAAGGAAAAAUCUGCUGAUUUUGAAGCUGGGUUUUUAGAAACCCCCUAACUUCGAUUCAGCAAAACUUAUUUUGAAUAUUAUUUUAUUUCAC